AUGCUUGGUCGUUUACACUGUAUUAUUGUAUUAUUUCUGAUAUUACCCUGUAAUUGUCACGAAAUAAAUGUGACAGAUGUAUUUGAUAUAAGAGAUGAAGAUCACAUGACCACAAAAUUUGUAACAGUUUUACUUUUUAUCAUUUUCAUACUUUACGCUAUUAUUAGUAAUACUCUAAUGAUUAUCGUAUUAUUCUGUAAAGGACAAGAUAAUCAUUAUAGUCGUGAAUUUAUUUUUAUUGCAUUACAACUGAUUAUUUCUGAUUUAAUAACUUUAAUCCCACAAGUGGUUAUUAUUGUACCCAGAAUAUUAAGUGCUCAAAACAAUUCAUAUGCAAAUGAAACGACGUGGCUGAACCGCUUGUUUUCAACUUUAGAUAGCUUUUCAUUCUUUUCUAUGCUUCAUUUUUCAUUUUUGUUGACACUGAAUCGCUUUGUGGUGCUAAUUUUACCCAAAUAUUGCUCGUUUUUCGAAUCAAAAAAACUGUAUUUUCUAAUCGCUUUCAUGUGGUUAUCAGCUUUUGCGAUCAUGUUUCUCGAUUUUCAAUUUUGCUUCAGAAUAUUCAUUGUCUCGAAUUUGAAAUGGAGCCUAAAUUGUACAGGAACAAAUGGAAGCCUAAUAUGGUGGAGGAUACGUAAUUUUUGGGCUUUGUCCAUUCCUAACGUUAUGUUCAUUAUGCAAAUUGUGAUAUUCUACUGCAUACGUCGCAAAAGGCAUUUUAGUAUAAAUAACAAUCAAGAUCAAAGAGUUACACAUUUCAAAUAUGAAAAAAAUGCAACAAAAAUUCCUCAUUAUGAAUGGUCGAUGUUAAUUCAGGCUGCAUGGCACUGUAGUGUAUUGGAAAUUCAAAUCAUUGUUUUUAUAUUUCUCUUUCCAAUUGUCCGUAGUAUUUUCGGCAAAGAAGCUGAUAUACCAUCGAGAAUUUUCAUAAAUUGCUUCAUCAUCUUCAGUUGCUCCAUAUUGCCCACUAUUCAUUUUAUUUACUGUAAGCAGUCGCAUAACAUUAUAAAACAUCAUUUAUAUGGCUGGUUGAGAUUGAGAAUUGGAUUGUUAAAAAAUAAGGUUAACAUACUAAAACAUACGUAG